AUGGCAACCUUGGAGCCUCUCCGAGACCUUACCAAUCGAGAGCCUGAAGGCACCGUGACAGCCUGCUGCACCCCUCGUGCUUCUCUCUCGACGACGCUUCUUGGGCCAAGCCCUCAGGGCACAGCACUGCGGCGGGUCUCCUCGGUGCCCCGACCGAGGGCCUCCAUCUUGGAAUUGCCCCCAGAGGAACGCCAUGAGCGCCUAAAAACGCUGGGUGAGCCUGAACGCCUGGGGCGCCUUCCAGAGCGGCUCAAGAGCUUGGGACCACCUCAAUGGACAGAUGGGUUGCCAGGGGCCCCCUCUGAAUCGCAGAGCCCAGGAUCAGUAUGGACGCGAUGGACGGUGGAUUCGGUGUUAAGCAUGGGGUGUUAA